AUGCAAAGCAGUGAAGCUCGAUUUGAUGCGGACGGAGAUGCUGUGAUGCAAAAUGUUCAGCAACCCGUGUUCGAGUUUGUUCAAGCACCCAGAUUGACAAACUGGAGUCAGGACGCAGCUGUCAGCUGGAAGAAGAGGUGGGAACAAUACCUGAGUAUUGUUCGCCAGCGUUGCACUGAGAGUGGGGAAAGACUGGAAGCUGCUCUGCGUCCAGUCAAGACUUGUGUUGACCCGGAACUGCUCGAAGUACUCUGCCUUUACGAACUCCGGAAGGCUGUCGACGAGGUGCGUAGUGAAGAAUUGGUCACCUUGAUCGACGCUAAACUCGGGUCUGUUUAA